GUGCCAUCUGAAAAUUAGAUCGGUAUCUUUCAUUGUAGUGAACGGGACAAUCACCCUCUGAGACUAUACUUGAACGUUGUUGGUGUGUGUGAUAAUAUACUUAAAAUUUGGAAAUAUGCAGUUUAAAAUCAUCUUGCUAAUUUUCGUUUUGCUAGAACAAUAUAAAUCCAGUCCAAUAGAUCAAUGUACCUGUAAGGAUGGUUGUUUAUUAGUAAUUUAUACAUCUGGAGAUGACACGGUCAGUGAUAUUAAAUGCAUUAAUGAAGAAAUUAAAUCUUGUCAAGACUACGAAAUGAAAUAUUCUGAUAUAUCAUCUUGUACCAUGUUACAUUCCAAUAAAGUACUUGAAAAUAUUUUUUUAAAUCAAUAUGUAAAUCAAAGAGAAGAACGUAUCAAACAACUAAAUGACGAUGAAAAUAAUGAAUCAGAUGUGCCACCAAAUACAUCUCCACCGACUACAGACCCACCGGCUACAGCACCACCGACUACAGCUCCGCCGACUACACCUCCACCGACUACAGACCCGCCAACUACAGUUCCACCGACUACAGAUCCCCCCACUACAGCUCCACCGACUACAGCGCCGCCGACUACACCUCCACCGACUACAGACCCGCCAACUACAGCUCCACCGACUACAGAUCCUCCCACUACAGCUCCACCAACCACAGCGCCGCCGACUACAGCUCCGCCGACUACAGCUCCACCGACUACAGACCCGCCAACUACAGCUCCACCGACAACAGAUCCCCCGACUACAGCUCCACCGACUACACCUCCACCAACUACAGACCUACCGACUACAGCUCCACCAACUACAGCUCCACCGACUACAGAACCACCGACUACAGCUCCCCCAACUACAGCUCCGCCGACUACACCUCCACCGACUACAGACUCGCCAACUACAGCUCCACCGACUACAGACCCACCGACCACAGCUCCACCGACUACAGCUCCACCGACUACAGCUCCACCGACUACAGCUCCACCGACUACAGCUCCGCCGACUACAGCUCCACCGACUACAGACCCGCCAACUACAGCUCCACCGACUACAGACCCACCGACCACAGCUCCCCCGACUACAGCUCCCCCGACUACAGCUCCGCCGACUACAGCUCCUCCGACUACAGCUCCACCGACUACAGUUCCACCGACUACAGCUCCACCGACUACAGCUCCACCGACUACAGCUCCGCCGACUACAGCUCCGCCGACUACACCUCCACCGACUACAGACCCGCCAACUACAGCUCCACCGACUACAGACCCACCGACCAUAGCUCCCCCGACUACAGCUCCCCCGACUACAGCUCCGCCGACUACAGCUACUCCGACUACAGCUCCACCGACUACAGCCCCGCCGACUACACCUUCACCGACUACAGACCCACCAACUACAGCUAUAACUCAAUCAAGUACGAAUGAACCGAUAACUAAGCCUACAAGUGAGCCUACAAGUGAGCCUACAGGUGAGCCUACAAGCGAGCCUACAAGUGAGCCAACUAAACCUUCAACACCUCAAACUGGUGCAGGUGCAAAACAGAAGUAUUAUACUAGUCUAAUUUUAAUUUGCUUAGUGUCAGUCUUCUUCAUAAAAUUGUAACAAAAUUACUUAUUAACAAAAUGUAAUUUUUUGUUCAAAUAGGCCUGAGUUAGAUAUAUGACAUAUGUAUGAAACCUCAGUAUAAUAUAAAAUAACAACAAAUAAUUUUUUUAUAUUAAAUUAAUACGAAUCAUUUUUUAUAGUUCUCUAGAGCUAUAGUCUGUCCAACGAGGGAAUAGACAGUGACACCUAUAGUAAUUUUAAUUCGAAAGUGCAUCGUUUUUUCUCUCAGUAUUUGGAUGAUUUCUGUCUAAAUCGACUCUCCUCUUGCUGGACAGACCUCAGUACAAAAAUAAUUCAAGUUGUUAGAAUUUUUAUGAAACAUUUUCAUGUCUCUAUUAUUAUUUAUUUUCCAUUGUAUUAGAUAUAAGCCUGUUGUUUUUAUAUUAUCUAUUUUUUUUAAUAAAAUUAUAUUAUGUUU